AUGGCAUCAACGGCGCAUUCUGUCGACGGCCUGCCCUACCUCAUCCUCGACCGCAUCUGCGACCUCCUUGAUGAUGAGUCGGCUGAUCGACGCGACCUGUGGUCGUUUUCGUUGACCUGCCGUCGCUUUUGCGAGGCGGCCGACCCGCGCCGGUUCUGCCAGAUUGUGGUCUGUGUGCAAUUUGUCGACGGCGUCGACGCGACUGUUGCCCAAUUUCGGGCGCUGCUCGGCCGCGACAACGGCCGCCGGUAUGGCUACGUGCGCCGUCUCCGGGUGCAAGGUCUCGCCGCCAGGGCCAAUCGAGAUCCAGACUUGCAAUCAGACCUCGACGAGCAGAGCGCCGACCAGGCACCCUACGAAGCGUUUACCUACGGCACGUUUGACGUCAUGCACCCGUUCUGUCGCCUGCGCGAACAUGCGCCCUGGUACCUCGAUCACGGCGACCGCCCGGGCUUGUGGCAGGCGUUUGCCGAGUUGAUGCGCGAGCUACCCGCCCUGCGCGAUGUCAUCUGGACCUCGUGGCACAUGCCCCGUGCCGUGCUCGAAGCAGUGCAGAUGCCGCGUGCGCACAUGUGCCGUCUGCACAUGUCCGGCUGUGCAUUCCAGCUGCGCAGUCUCAUUUACGAACGCGACCAUCCGCGAUCCAUCAGUGCGGACGACUAUGCUCUGAUGACGUGCCCGGCCUUGUACAGCGUCAGUGCCCGGGUCGAGCCCUUGAACAAGGACGGCUUGCUUGAUUACAACGACUACGCCCUCCAGCAGAUGAUGGCCGGCCUGGCGCCAAACUUGACCAAUGUCUCGCUCGGACCUGGUAUCUCGGAAACGUCGGCUUGGAACGACGCAGACGACCUGGGUCGGCCGAAAUUCGGCGGGUUCUUCCUCGGAGACGACAAUGCGGAUCUCAAAAACCACUACGCCGAGAAAACGACAACCAUGAAAGGCGCGCCACUCCAAAACCUCAGUCUUGCUACGGGUCUGCCCGCACACAUCUUCCAAUGCUGGGAUAUGACAAAGGUGCGGCGCAUGUACGUCGAGUGGGACCACGACGUCGGCGCCGCCCUAGCCGAAUAUGCCGCGCGCGGUGAGCUUCGCUCCCUCGAGGUGCUGUGGCUCACCACCACGUUCUUCGUGCAAGAGCCAGCACGGAGCCAGGCGCACAUGCUGCAGAUUUUCAGCAACGCGGGACCCCUGCAGCGCCUGCACAUGAAGGGCGUCUUUACCGACAUUGUGUUCAACGCCAUCGCGCGCCAUCACGGAGCGACCCUGCGGGCCCUUUCCAUUGCCACGUUUGGGGAGUACCUGUGGGACCACGACGCAGGUGAGGACGUUCCGCGAACCUUCUUCAACUGGUCUCCUAAUGCCAUCCUGGAACUACCCGAGCUGUUCCCGCUCCUGGAAGCCGUCUCCGUGGCCAUGGACCGGACUCGGGGUGACUGCGGCGAAGUCGCCUUGUACCGCGCGCUCAGCCGGAUGCCCAGCCUGCAAUACCUGCUUAUUCGUCUCGUCUGUUCGAUUUAUCUAGGGGUCGAUGCUGCAAGGCGAUCCGAGGUCUUCUCGGGGGACGACAGACGGCUGAUGGCCUACGCAAACAAGGCGACCUUUGCGAACGCCGCCGUGGAUGCCACGCUCGCUCGCGCCGUCUUCGGCGUCGUCUCCAACAACGGACAGGGACCGCUGCAAAUGCUUCACAUUCAGCCUCGAUCCAGCCUGGAGUCCAAUGACGCGAAUUUCGAAAGCGCCAUGGAUAGCUUGAAUCGGUCAUGGGCGCUGCAUCGCCAAGCAGACGGCACCAUCGUCAUCAAGCCUCUAGACGUCCUUAGGCUACGCAGCGCCGUCGAAACGUGCACAGAAAUGACCGAGGCGAACGAAACUUGCUCCGCAGAUGACAAAGUGUUCUUUCCAGAUGUCUUCCAAGAGUUGUGGCCAGGAAACGGGCCGUGGUGGGAGAAUUAUACCAGUUUGCCUCUUGACCUGUCCUAG